AUGGCUCCGAAAUCAAUAAUUUGGAGGUUUUUUAUUAAAAUAUCCAAAGAACAAGCUAAAUGCAAUCUGUGUUCAAAAAUCUUAAAAACCUCUGGCAAUACUACAAAUUUAAAAAAUCACCUCAAACAGAAACACGACAAGGUUUACAAACAAUAUUGUGACAGUGGUACUGACAAGGAAAAUGAGGACAAGGAAACCGAGAAAAUUCCAGCAAAAAAACAAAAAAUGCAGGAUCCUAAAGAAAAAGAAGGGGCUAUUUCUCCCUCAUCUACUAUAAGUUCAAUAGCAGACGUCGAAAUAAAUUUAGGAGCCUCCACUUCAAUCAGCCCCUGUUGUAGUACUGUUACCAAUCCUAGUACUAGUACUACCAGUUCCGAGUGCAGUACUAAAAAAUUGCUAAUUUCCCACCAAGGAAGUAAAUCCACAGAAACUAUUUUGAGAGAGCCAAGUAUAAGUACUAUAAGUAGACAACCCACCAUAAAUCAAGCCAUUCGUCAAGUUGCUUCUUACUCAGAAGGUGGAUCCAAAAACGUCAAAAUAACUGAAGCCAUUGUCAAUUUUAUAGUCCAAGAUAAUUUACCAUUCAACACAGUUGAGAGGAAAGGUUUUUUAAAUCUAAUGAAGGAGCUAGCGCCACUGUACAAGGUUCCGACUCGAAAUUGUAUCAAAGACAAUAUUGACAGGAAGUAUGACAUAGUGUCCGGUGGUUUUAAGAAUACACUGCAAAAUAUAAAACAUUUUACAUUUACCACGGAUAUAUGGACAGCUGAUAUGCAAACGAAAAGUUUUAUGGGGAUAACUAUCCAUUUUAUUAAAAACCAUGAAAUGCAUUCUGCUACAUUAGGAGUAACUGAGCUCUCGGAAUCACAUACUUCAGUUUAUAUUGCCACCCAGCUAAGUAAUACUUUCAAUGAAUGGAACAUUGAUGUUAAUCGUAUUGUAGCAGCUGUGACAGAUAAUGGAGCCAAUAUGGUUAAAGCCUGCCAAGAUUUCUUGGGCAAAACAAAACAUGUGCCAUGUUUUGCACACACUAUAAACUUAGUAUGUGAACAAUCCAUAAAAAAUACUGGACAUUUGAAUGAACUAAUUGAAAAAGUUAGGACCAUUGUAGUUUGGUUUAAGCGUAGUGUGCAUGCUAGCGACGAGCUUCGAAAAGCGCAGAAAAAUAGAGGAAUUCCAGAAGGUAAUAUUCUAAAACCAAUUUUAGAUGUUAAAACCAGAUGGAAUUCAACUUAUUAUAUGUUGGAAAGAUUUAUUAAGCUUGCUGCACUUAUUGGAAACAUCAUAUUAUCUAAUGUUAAUGCCCCCAAUAUGUUAAAUGCUGCAGAACUUGAAGAUAUAAAACAAGUUUGUCAGCUUCUGCUUCCAUUGGAGCAAACUACAAAAGAAAUGAGUGGACAGAUGUACAUUACCCUAAGCAAAGUAAUACCGAUGACAAAGUGUUUGGUGUCUCAAUAUGAAAAUUUUCAAACCAAUUCCAAUAUUGCAGAAGCUUUGAAAACUGCCAUAUUAAAAGAACUAGACAAAAGAUUUGGGACAACAGAAAAAUGCUUUUUACUAGCUGCCACUACAAUUUUAGACCCAAGAUUCAAAAACAUUCAUUUUAAAGACCCAAUUGCUUUGUCAAAUAUCAUUCGACAUCUGAAUCAUGAAAUGACUAUCCCAAUACAAGCAGAGGAGGAUGCAUCAUCUUCUUCUUCUUCGGAUCUUUCAGAGCAAACAGAAGGAUCUGAGCAAACAUUUGAUUUAUGGGCUCCCCACAAAAAUAUUGCUCAUUCAAAAAAAAGUAAGAAAGGCCAAAAAUCUGACGAACUGACACAAUAUUUGUCCAUACCAGUGCGAAAUUUGAAAGAAAGCCCUUUAGAAGUUUGGGAGGAGAUGAAGGCAGUUUAUCCACAACUUUAUAAGUUGGCACAGAAGUACCUCUGUGUUCUAGCAACGUCUGUCCCUAGUGAAAGAUUGUUUUCGAAAGCUGGUCAAAUAGCUACAAAAAAUCGCAGCCGUUUAACUGGCAAAAGAUUAUCCAAACUUUUGUUUCUAGAAUCAAUUUGUGAAAAUUAA